AUGAUACCGACCGUAGCAGCCACCCUCCUGACUCUUUUGGGGUUCAUAGGGGUGGUGUUAUGGAAAGCCUGGCCGCUCUUGCCGCGCUGGACGGCCACUGCGCUCAGGAACCUCCCGGGGCCGCCCAGCCCCAGCUGGUUCUACGGCAACUUCCAGGAAAUCAAUGCAGAAGAGAGGUCCGCUGUACAGGAGCGGUGGAUUGACAAGUAUGGUCCUAACAUCGUGUACAAGAACUUCUUGAAUAACGAUCGCUUGUAUACGAUCGAUACCCGGGCGUUGAACCACAUCCUGACGCACUCUGUGGACUAUCAGAAGCCUAUUGUUGCUCGGAGAAACCUUGCUAAGGUCCUCGGGGAAGGUGUCCUCUUCACUGAGGGGGAACACCACAGACGUCAGCGACGCAUCAUGAACCCCGCGUUCGGACCCACGCAAAUCCGCGAGCUCACCGAGAUCUUCGUCCAAAAGUCCAUUGAACUUCGGAACUUCUGGGAUGCGCAAAUCUCACGAGACGGCGAGCCCACUGCCCGUAUCGAAAUUUGCAGCGGUCUCAGCAAGAUGACUCUCGAUGUCAUCGGGUUGGCAGGGUUCGGCUACAGCUUCAACUCGCUUAACCCUACGGAAAAGACGAAUGAACUCACUGAAGCCUUCCAAGACCUCUUCCUUCCCGAGCGCAAGUUCACCGUCCUCAUGAUCCUCAAGAACUUCUUCCCCGUGCUGGAUAUCAUCCCGGACGAGGCUUCGACACGCGUCAAACGCGCGCGAGAGGUCAUGAGGCGCGUGGGCAAGGAGCUCAUCGCAGAGAAGAAGGCUCGCAUCCAGCAGGAGCUUACGGAAAACAAGGAGAAGAGCGGCGUGAAGAGGAAUGACCUCCAGGGACGCGACCUGCUCACGCUGCUCCUCAAGGCGAACAUCUCCACCGACGUUCCGGACAAUCAGAGGCUCUCCGACGAGGACGUUCUAGCCCAGGUUCCUACCUUCCUCGCGGCCGGACAUGAUACAACGAGCACAGCGACGACUUGGUGCCUAUAUGCCCUUACGCAGGCCCCCGACGUACAGAAAAAGCUUCGCGACGAGCUCUUCACGAUUGAGACCGACACGCCCACCAUGGACCAGCUCAAUAGCCUUCCAUAUCUCGACUGCGUCGUCCGCGAGACGCUACGCCUGUAUGCGCCUGUGCCGGAGACGAUGCGUGUCGCGGAGAAGGACGAUGUAAUCCCGGUCAGCGAGCCGUUCGUCGACCGCUUCGGACAAGUGCAGGACAGUAUCAGGAUUUCUAAAGGAGCUUCGAUCCUCAUUCCGAUCCUCGCGCUUAACCGGUCCAAGAAGUACUGGGGCGAGGAUGCCCACCAGUUCAAGCCUGAGCGCUGGGAGUCCCCUUCCGAAGCCGCCGCGAGCGUUCCCGGCGUUUGGAGUCACCUCUUGACUUUCCUCGGCGGUCCGCGCGCGUGCAUCGGAUACCGCUUCUCAGUCGUCGAAACGAAGGCGCUGAUCUUCGUGCUCGUGCGCGCGUUCGAGUUUGCGCUCGCCGUCCCGCCCGAGGAGAUCGAGAAGAAGACGAGCGUGGUCCAGCGCCCCCAGCUUCGGAGCGCGCCGGAACGAGGAGCUCAGAUGCCGCUCUUGGUGAAGCGCUACGCUCGGGAGGUCUAG